UCCUGAUUUCAUAAGUAGUUUCGAUAAGGAGCGAUUGAAUCAGUUGCACUGUGAGAAAGAAUACUCGCUAGACGGUACGGCAGAGGAAGUAUUAAAUGUAAAUCAUAAUGAGCCAAGAAAAGGUUGAAGUUGAUAUUUCGAAUGCUGUGGCUAUUUAUGUUGAAUUUUUCAUGCACUAUGUUGACAAGGGUCGAAGAUUUGUGAAUAACCAAUGUACUGGCCUUGAACCAUGGCAGAUUAUUGGAGCAACUGUAAUGUCUACACUUUUUAUACUCUGGUUACAUGGAUUUCUGUUUCAACAAGAAAGUUUAAGAUCCAGAGCUAAGAAGCAGUUCUUUAAGAUGAUAAGGAGGGUUCCUUUUAUUGGUACUGCUAUACAGAAGCAGUUAAACAAGGCUCUGCAUGACAUGGCAACAAAUCUAUUUACGCUUAAAGAAGGAAUGAGUUAUAUUACAGAUCUUCCUUCCAAAGGACUUUCACAGCAAGAAGUCUUGCAAAAGCUCAAUGAAUAUACAUCUUUAGCAGAGGUACAGUGGCAGAGUGGAAAAGUUUCAGGUACAGUUUACAGUGGAGAUGAGAAGCUCACCAAUUUGUUAGUAAAGGUGUAUGGAGAUUUUGCUUGGAGCAAUCCUCUCCAUCCUGAUAUCUUUCCUGGAGUACGAAAGAUGGAAGCUGAAAUAGUUCGAAUGGCUUGUACACUAUUUCAUGGUAGUCCUGAUUCUUGUGGCUCGGUUACUUCAGGUGGAACAGAAAGCAUCCUAAUGGCCUGCAAGGCAUACAGAGACAUUGCUGUAGAGCGUGGAGUCAGGUUCCCUGAAAUUGUGGCUCCAGUCAGUGCUCAUGCAGCAUUUAAUAAAGCUGCUCAUUACUUUGGAAUGAAAAUGGUUCAUGUUCCUUUGGACAAAAAUACCAUGCAGGUGGAUGUAAAGAUGAUGAAACGAGCAAUCUCAAAAAACACCGCUAUGCUGGUAUGUUCUGUUCCCCAGUUUCCCCAUGGAGCAAUUGACCCAGUUCAGGAUAUUGCAAAGCUUGCUGUAAAAUACAAAAUUCCCCUUCAUGUGGAUGCGUGCCUGGGUGGAUUUUUAAUAGUGUUUAUGGAAAAAGCAAACUACCCCUUGCCACCUUUUGAUUUUCGAGUCAAGGGUGUAACAAGCAUCUCGGCCGACACUCACAAGUAUGGCUAUGCACCAAAAGGCUCAUCGGUAAUACUCUACAGUGACAAAAAAAUUCGGCACUACCAGUUUUUUGUGGCAGCAGACUGGCAGGGAGGAAUUUAUGCCUCUCCAACCAUUGCUGGCUCACGGCCUGGGGGAAUCAUUGCUGCUUGUUGGGCCACCAUGAUGCACAUGGGAGAGAAUGGAUAUAUUGAAGCCACAAAGAAAAUUAUUAAGACAGCAAGAUACAUAGACACUGAGUUGAGAAAGAUCAAUGGAAUAUUUGUUUUUGGAAAGCCUGAAGUUUCUGUGGUUGCUGUUGGAUCUAAUGUCUUUGAUAUCUUUCGUCUAUCCAAUUUACUCACCAGCAAGGGAUGGAACUUAAACACACUACAGUUCCCUUCAAGCAUUCACAUAUGUGUGACAUUAUUACACACACAUGCAGGAGUUGCCCAGCAAUUUAUAGAAGAUGUUAAGAACUCAGUAAGUGAGAUUAUGAAAAAUCCUCUGGAGAAAACAACUGGAAUGGGUGCAAUCUAUGGAAUGGCACAGUCAAUUCCUGAUCGUUCCUUGGUAACAGAAAUAUCCUGUGGAUUUCUGGACUGCCUAUAUAGUACAGACACAAUCUGUGUGGAUAAGCACAUGAAUGGCUCAACUGGACUCCAAUGACCAUUUAGUUACACUAGACAAGUAGGGCCUCAGUUAUUAAAGUAUAGAUGUGUUUUGUUUAAUUUUUUAAAGUUUCAUAUUAAUUUUAUAUUUCCUAGCUUGAUGUUGGAAACCACUAAUGUAUCCCUCCAGAGAUAUCAUUUGUUUAAAUUAUUAUGUAAUAAGUGAUGCCUAAGCAGCCAAGCUAAAUUUAAUUAUUUCUUUACUUCUUUAUAAUUAAAAAAAAAAAAGGGUUUACGACUUUCAGUUAUUUUUAUAAUAAUUUGCAAUGAAGUAAGAUAUAUGUAUAUUGAGUGUGCUGUCUUUUGUUGUAAUUUAUAUUUAAAUAGGUUAAUUAUUAUUCACAUUACAAGUAAACUGGACCAAAUUAACAUUUUACCAUCUCUAAAACCACUAAUUUUUUAUUCUGACCUUUAUACACAUAAAGAGUACAUGGUAGAUGUUUAAAUUGCACAUUUGUUUUUAUAUUAGAAUAAUCUAAAAAAGGCAUUUUUUUCUUCCCCUUUUUCUCUCCCAAUUGUUUCAGGUUUUCCUAGGGUAAAUGCUCAGUUCAUUUAUAUUUAAUUACAAAUUACUUUGCCAUUCAUUUCCUGUGUACGUGUGCUAAUGUACUCAUUCAUUUCACAAAAGACUGAAUGCUAAUUUAAACCUGGACCUGAUUUAUAUUAGCAGUCACUCUUAAAUAAGUAAACACUUGAAUUUUUUGAAGAUCAGUAAGUAAGAAAUAGAUUGUAAAAUAAUCUGCUUUCUAACAAAGCAGAAUAAUUUCUAUAAAAGAUGAUAUGUGCUUGCAAGUGCAAAGAGCACAAUCAAACUGUUAUUUCCCACAUGUGAUCUUUGAGAGUUUAUUGUACUGUUGCUUUGUUAAUCAUUUUUGAAGUUACUCACAAUACAGUAUCUUCUAAUAUUUAUUAAAUCACUGUAUGUUACUUUGAUAAAAUAAGAAAAAUAACUAAAAUGAUGCCGUCUGAAACCAUAGUUCUCGUCAUUAUUCUUUCUCAAGCUGAUAUGAAAAGCAAAAUUUGAAAACCAGAUAUCAAAGUUACUGUAAUGGAUACUGUAUGCAUAAUGCCAGUAGACUUCAACACAAGCAUAUGAUGAGAUAAGGCAAUUAAUUAUUGCUUCAGAUAUGUAACAAAAAUGUUAUCCAGAAAAAAAAUUUGAAAGGGUUGCAGUGGGUGGAAGUCUGGCUAAUAUGGGUAGGAGAGAACACUAGAAAUUCACUUUUUUAUUUUUUGAUUAAUAAAUUAGGCUUGUUAAAGAUUUUGUAUGACCUUAACAUACAGAAAAUGUUAGGAACUGUUGGAAACUGUAUUAUUUUGUAUAUCAACACAGUAUUGGGUAGUUUUUAAAAAAUGCUUUACAUUAGAAAUUCUGUGCAACAGCAUUUAGCUGUUCACGGUAUACACUAUUCAUUUAAUAUAGACAACAUAUUGUGCCUUACUAUACUGUAGGUAGUCAGGAUCAUUUGAUAUUUGAUACAUAUUUUACAGCAUAUGUGAAAUUACAAACUAUAUUGUGAUUUUAACUUUGAAGUUAAUACAUUUUGGCAAAAAGUACAGUGAGUUUUAAACACGGUGCCUUUUUUAGCAAUUAGUUUUCAGUGUAACAGUUUUAACAGUUUUUUGUUCAGUUACAUUUACAUUUUAUUAUAGAAUUGCACAGCUAAGUGCACUGAUGCAUACAUUGAAAAUAAUCAAUCCUAAUAAUUGUUUGAAUUCCUUUUAAACCAUUAUUUUAUAUAAGGUUAUUUGUAAAGGAUCCAUGAUAAUUGUAAGUUUCUCAUAGAAAACAUAUACACGCUGUUUCUGCCAAAAAAAAAAAAAUAAUUUUUAUAACUAAAAGAAUUAUCUAACAAGGCAUUUGCUUAAUUUUAAAGAACUGUAUUCAAUUCCUGGACAAACAUUAAAGUUUUAUUUCUUAAUGAGAGAUGCACUGAAUAUGAUUAGGCCGCCUUCAAUUAAGUGUAAUUAAGGAAAUACUUAUAUUUAUAGUUGCAUUCUGUCAGAUAACAUAUUUUCGUAAACAUUUUCUAAAAUGUCAAAUCUGUGUAACUUUUUUAUGGGUCUGCUUUUAUAUGUGAAAAGCAACUCAGGACUUUACAUUCUGAUCAUUUUUUUAAAGUGAACUUUUCUACUUUUUAUGUUCAGAGAAAAAGGAUUUAUGUAACAUUUUCUUAUUAGUUUUUCAGUUCACAUUUAUUUUAAGGUUUUUCUGUUGAGAAUUCAAAAAGAAAAUGACUUUGUUAUUCUAUACCACUGCACAUGAACUUUUCUGCUUUUUAAGUGACACUGUCCCAUUAGUUGUUUAAUGUGUACAGAACAGAGCAAGAGUUUUAUGAAUUCGGUUAAAACAUCUUUUAAGCCAAUGUCUCUUAAUUGUUCCAUUAGAAUGUGUUCAUAACGAUAAAAAUAAAUACAUUAUUUAAAUAUUGUUUUGUUUUUUUUUCCUGUCAUCACAUGGUCUUUGUUGUAUCUUUUGGAUCUGUGAAAAGGUAGGCCUUUCCAGCUUAAAAUCUCUUGGCUUUGUACUCUGUCUCCUGUUGAUUCUGCCAAGGCCCACUCUUGUGGGCUUCAAGCCUCGCUUGACUGUGAGAUCAAGUAACAUUUUUUUUUCCCCUUUGUGUUGACUAGUGUUCAGAUCUCAAAAAUACGACUGUUGUUACAAAGUAGUUAAACUAUUUUCGGUGUCACAUAAAUUCUGACAGUUUUGUGUUUCAAAUAAACUAUUAUCCACUUGGCUUUUUAA